CUGUCAGAGAGCUCCUGACAGUUCUGUCCUAACGAUUCUGACAUUAAUGAAAGAACUUGGUAAAGGGCUGAAGUGUCUUCCUGAAUUGUCACUUUUUUAAUGAAGCAUGGCUUGUGUUGAACAAGACAAGCUGGGUCAGGCAUUUGAAGAUGCUUUUGAAGUACUGAGGCAGCAUUCAACUGGAGACUUUCAGUACUCCCCAGAUUACAAAAAUUACCUGGCUUUUAUCAACCACCGUUCUCACAUCAGAGGAAAUUCCAACAGCUAUGGUAUGCAGCCUGCAGAGGAACCCAUCUAUAAUUGGAGAACAGUAAUAAACAGUUCUGCGGACCUCUAUUUUGAAGGAAACCUUCAUCAAUCUCUGCAGAACAUCCCUGAAAACCAGCUGGUACAACCUGCUCUUCUCCAGCAAAAGGGAGGAAAAGGCAGGAAGAAGCUCCGACUUUUUGAAUACCUUCACGAAUCCCUGUGUAAUCCAGAGAUGGCAUCUUGUAUUCAGUGGAUAGAUCAAACCAAAGGCAUCUUUCAGUUUGUAUCAAAAAACAAAGAAAAACUCGCCCAACUCUGGGGAAAAAGAAAAGGCAACCGGAAGACCAUGACUUACCAGAAAAUGGCCAGAGCACUGAGGAAUUAUGGAAGAACUGGGGAGAUCAUCAAAAUCCGGAGAAAGCUAACUUACCAGUUCAGUGAGGCCAUUCUCCAAAGACUGUCUGCACCUUAUUUCUUGGAAAAAGAGAUCUUCUAUUCACAGUAUGUUCAACCUGAUCAAGGAUAUCUCAGUUUAAAUAACUGGAAUGCUAAUUAUAAUUAUACAUAUGCCAAUUACCAUGAGCUAAGUCACCCUGAUUGCUAAAUAUACUCUUAACAUUUCAUAAUUUUCUGACAUCAGAAGUCCCUACAAGUUUUAAGAUUUUUCUCUAAAAGCAAAUACUGAAAAAAAAAACUUCAUGAUCGCUAUCUUUUAUGACAUAGCAUAUAAUCUAUACUAACUUGGUGAGAAAUUUUACCAGUGAACAGCUCUUUAGAAUGAUUGUCCCAUUUGAAAGUAUAGACUAAAUGUCCUUCCUCUUACGAGUAACUAUGCAAUUAUUUCUUUCUAGAUUAAUAGUGCCAGUGGAGACCAUUUGAUUCACACAUUGAUUAAACAUUAUUUUCUUGUCAUACAGUCAGACAAAAAAAAAAAAAAAAGACUAACUUUGGCAUAUAUCCAAUAGUUUUAGCAACAGAACAAAAACAGGUUGCCUGUGAUGGUGUUCCUGCUAAAUUAUAUUCAGGGUUUUAAAUUUUUCAGUGGCUAAAACUAGAACUAUUAUAUGAUCCAGCAAUUCCACUCAUGGAUAUAUAUCCAAAGAAAAUGAAAACACUAAUUUAAAAAGAUAAAUGUUCAAAGCAGCAUUUUUUUUUUUGGCUGCACUGUGGCUUGUUAGAUAUCAGUUUCCCAACUGGGCCUUUGCAGUGACAGUGCCAAAUCCUAACCACUAGACUACCAGGGAACUCUCAUAGUGCCAUUAUUUACAAUAGCCAGGAUACGGAAGCAGCCUUCUAGCUGACAGGUGAAUAAAGAGAAUGUGGUGUAUAUAUAUGUAUAUAUAUACACACACAGAAUAUAUACACACACUCAGCCAAAAAGUGAAAUCUUGCCAUUUGUAACAUGGAUGGAUCUUACUGCAAUAAGUCAGACAGAGAAAGACAAAUACUAUACCUUAUCAUUUAUAUGUAGAAUCUAAAAAUUGAAACAAAAUGAAGUAGAAACAGACUUAAAGAGAACAAAUUAGUUACCAGUAGGGGAAGGGCUGGGGGGAGGGGAGCAAGCUAGAUAUAGAGGAUUAAGAGGUACAGACUACUAAAGAUAAAAAAGAUACAAGAAUGUAAUGUACAGCACAGGGAAUGUAGCCAACAUUUUAUAAUAGCUUUGAAUAGAGUAUAACCUAGAAAAAUAUUGAAUCACUGUGUAGUACAUCUGAAACUAAUAUAAUAUUGUAAAUCAACUAUAUUUCUAUAAAAUAAAUAAAGAUUUAAAAAACAAAAA